AUGUUAAUCUAUCACUGCCACCACAACCAAUCAUUUUCUUCCAAAUACCCGAUUUCAGUUGAUAAUCUCGAUCAUUCUGCCGAGUCACCCAUUCUUUGGUUAAGCCCUAAAUACAUUCCACCGCCUAUUGCUUGGUAUUCCUCCUUAAUCAAACUCAAAGUCGCCGGUGUCAUAGAAAUAGAAUCCUCCACCGCCAGGUCGCCACCUCCAAAGGGUUCUGGUUCGUCUCCGUCACCUCCUACCACCAUCACUUUUGAUUUUGGAUUUUCAAUUGUCUGUAUUUGUGUGCUCUGCUUCAAUAUGUUUUGUUGCUUCAAAUCAUCGUCUUCUCUCGAUUUUGUAUCAGGGUCUCCAUUGUGUAUCCGUAAUCGACCUCAAAACUCCAAUGUCGAUCUUCCGAUUUUUCGAUAUUCAGUUCUCCAUCCCAUCAUCGGUCUUCAGAUUUAUGAUUUUAUUGUUGGUGUUAUUGUCUUCGGUUUGAUGGGCACAAGUCUCUUUUAG